AUGGGGAAGCCUCGGGAGGUGUUCCACUUGGACCCAGACUCUGGAGGGUGUGAGAGUCGCCUCUGUGCCUCCCUGAGCCUCACCUCCUCCACCUGGGCCGCUCUGUCGGACGGGACGGGCCGCCUCCUCCUGCUGCGCACGGGCCAGAGGGGGGCCGCCUCACACCAGUGGGAGUGGGAGGUCAGUGGGAGGGGUCGCCUCACACCAGUGGGAGGUCAGUGGGAGGGGUCGCCUCACACCAGUGGGAGGUCAGUGGGAGGGGUCGCCUCACACCAGUGGGACGUCAGUGGGAGGGGUCGCCUCACACCAGUGGGAGGUCAGUGGGAGGGGUCGCCUCACACCAGUGGGAGGUCAGUGGGAGGUCAGUGGGAGGGGUCGCCUCACACCAGUGGGAGGUCAGUGGGAGUGGGAGGGGUCGCCUCACACCAGUGGGAGGUCAGUGGGAGGGGUCGCCUCACACCAGUGAGGGGUCAGUGGGAGGGGUCGCCUCACACCAGUGAGGGGUCAGUGGGAGGGGCCGCCUCACACCAGUGGGAGGGGCCGCCUCACACCAGUGGGAGGGGCCGCCUCACACCAGUGGGAGGGGCCGCCUCACACCAGUGGGAGGUCAGUGGGAGGGGUCGCCUCACACCAGUGGGAGGUCAGUGGGAGGGGUCGCCUCACACCAGUGGGAGGUCAGUGGGAGGGGUCGCCUCACACCAGUGGGAGGGGCCGCCUCACACCAGUGGGAGGUCAGUGGGAGGGGUUGCCUCACACCAGUGGGAGGUCAGUGGGAGGGGUCGCCUCACACCAGUGGGAGGUCAGUGGGAGGGGUCGCCUCACACCAGUGGGAGGUCAGUGGGAGGGGUCGCCUCACACCAGUGGGAGGUCAGUGGGAGGGGUCGCCUCACACCAGUGGGAGGUCAGUGGGAGGGGUCGCCUCACACCAGUGGGAGGUCAGUGGGAGGGGUCGCCUCACACCAGUGGGAGGUCAGUGGGAGGGGUCGCCUCACACCAGUGGGAGGGGUCAGUGGGAGGGGCCGCCUCACACAUAGUGAGAGGUCAGGGUCCACUGUAGGGUUGGGGUGA